UAUUUUCCGGUCUAGUUGGUGUGUCCGAAACUUCUUCCCUAGCUCGAGUCUUUGCUUUUAUAAAACUUUGCCUUCUCAAAGGCGUCAAGACUCUAAGAGAGCUUUCAUUCUGUUUGUCGAUAUGGAUGCGUAUGUUGUUUCUCCUUCUCCUUCUCCUUCUUCUUCCUCCUCCAUUUGUGAGAAAUACGAUGUCUUUCUCAACUUUAGAGGUGAAGACACGCGCGAUAAUUUCACAAGUCAUCUUUAUGCUGCUUUGAGACGAAACCAAAUCAAGACCUACAUCGACGAAGUAAGCCUUGAGAGAGGAGAUAAAAUCCAUCUCGCACUUCCUGAAGCAAUCCAGAAGUCAGAGAUCGCGAUAAUCAUUUUUUCGAAAGAUUAUGCUUCUUCGUCAUGGUGCUUACGUGAGCUCGAGCAUAUACUUAAAUGUCAUGCAGAAAAGAAACAGAUGGUAAUACCUAUUUUCUACGGGGUAGAUCCAUCUGAUAUACGGAAACAAAAAGGAAGUUAUGAGAAGUCGUUUAUAGAGCAUGAAAAUUGUUUCAAGGAUAAUUUGAAAAUGGUUGAAAAAUGGAGACUUGCUUUAACUGAAUCGGCUAAUCGAUCUGGAUGGGAUUCACGAGUCACCAGGCCUGACACCAAAUUAGUUGACGAAGUUGUUAAAGAUGUUUUGAAGAAAUUGUGUGGUACUGUACUAUCGUCAAGUGAUGAUGGUUUGAAGGGCCUAAUUGGAAUGCAAAAGCACUUUCAGCAACUUCAAUUGCUAUUAAGCAUUGGGUCACCAAAUGUUCGAAUAAUAGGCUUGUGGGGAAUGGGUGGCAUAGGGAAAUCAACCCUUGCCAAUGCAGUAUAUGGUCAGUUCUUUUCUCAGUUUGAAAGUUGUUGCUUUCUAAAAAAUGUUAGGGAAGAAUCAAAGAAAGUACAUGAUGGACUGGAGAAAUUACGAAAGAUGCUCAUUGAGAAAUUGUUAGGGGAGAAAAACGUUAAUUUGGAAACGCCAUCGUCGUUAGAAAUCGUCAAAAGGAGGCUCAAGGGUACAAGGGUUCUUAUUGUUUUGGAUGAUGUAAGUAGAUCAAUGCAGUUAGAACAUUUAGUUGGUGACGGUGACCAGUUUGCCUCUGGAAGUAGGAUUCUCAUAACAACAAGGGAUCGAAAGGUGCUCCGGACAAUUAAAGGCGGUGCUGAGAUUGAAACACAUAUAUACAAGGUUGAGCAGUUGAAUGAUAGUGAAGCUCUUGAUCUUUUUAAUUUGACAGCUUUUGAUGAAGGAAAGCCUCCGACAUCAGAUUACACAGAAGUAUCAAAACAUGCAGUGUAUUAUGCUGGACGCAUUCCGUUAGCUAUUAAAGUUCUGGGUUCUGAGCUUCGUUGCCUUGGUGAACAGAACAUCGAAAAAUGGGAAAUGACCUUGAAUAGAUUUAAAAAGUACCCUCCUGCUGAUAUUCAUGAGGUGUUAAAAAUAAGUUAUGAGGGACUAGAGAAAGAUGCGAAAAAUAUCUUUCUUGAUAUUGCAUGUUUCUUCAAAGGGAUGGGCAGAGAGUUUGUAGAAAACAUAUUGAAUGCUUGUAAUUUUUCUGCAAGUACAGGGAUAGAUAAUCUCAUGGAUAAGUCUCUUAUAACUAUUGAUCCUAAAGGUAACAAGCUUCAAAUGCAUGACUUAGUGCAAGAAAUGGGUCAGGAAAUUGUUUGUCAAGAAUCUGAAAAAAAAGAAGAGCGCAGUAGAUUAUGGAUUGCUGAAGAUAUUAUUCAUGUCCUAGAGAAUAAUUUAGGGACUGCAAAUAUUCAAGGAAUAUUCCUAAAUGAUUACGGAGCUGACCAAGACAUACACUUGGAACCUACUAUUUUUGAGAAAAUGCGUAAUUUGAGAUUGCUCAAAAUCCAUUAUUUUUCCAUUAUUCAUUUUGAACAUGGUCUUCAUUUUGAACAUGGUCUACAGUAUCUUCCCAAUUCGCUUAGAUAUCUUGAGUGGUGUAAUUAUUCUUUGGAAUCUUUACCACCAAACUUUAAGCCGAAAAAUCUUGUUGAACUGAAGAUGGGUGGUAGUCAACUUAAGCAACUUUGCUACGGAGGCCAGGUUCUUAAGAAGUUAAGAGGCAUCGAUCUAAGUUGCUCUCCUAACCUGACUCGAAUUCCAGACGUCUCUACUUCUCCAGACCUUGAGAGGAUAAAUCUGGCGUGUUGCGGAAGUUUGCGUGAAGUCCCUUAUUCACAGAUUCAGAAGAAUCUUAACAACCUUAUUGAUGUCAACCUGAACGGAUGCAACAAGCUACAGAGUGUUCCAGAUAUAAUACUUAAUGCGACAUCUCUGAGAACUCUUCUUCUCGGAGGUUGUUCCAAUCUCAACACUCUUCCACUGCUGAUUACAACUAGGAGUCUGGUGUCUUUAAAUUUAAGGUCAACUGCAAUAAAGGACUUGACUUUAUCUAAUGAUUCUCUCCCGAAUCUUUCUGAAUUGGAUCUCACUUACUGCAAAGGACUUGUAAGUCUAAGCGGGGUGAAUAACCUGAACUCCCUGAAAAUUCUUCGAUUAAGUGGCUGCGCAAAUCUCGAGAAGUUUCCAGAGCUUCCAAGUAAUAUUGAGGAGUUGAAUAUUGGUUGGACGGCAAUAAAAGAAGUGGACUUCCCAUCAAUUAUGGAUCUUAAACUUAGGAUACUUGACGUAUCAUGUUGCAGUAGUCUUGAGAGUUUACCGCCUAGCAUUUUCAAGUUGAGGUUUCUUGGUUAUCUUUCUCUCUAUGGGUGCAGAAAGCUGAAGAACCUUCCAGAUAUCUCUGAACCAAUGGAAAGCUUAACUGAUCUUUGUAUAACGGAUACAGAGAUUAGAAAGCUUCCCUCGUCAUUAUUUGAAAAUCUAAUUGGGCUUCAGUCAUUCACAGCGAUGAGAACUAAAAUAGAGGAAAUCCCUGAAAGCAUCAAUUGUGCUUCUAAGCUGAGAACGCUCGACUUAAUCAAUUGCCAUAAUCUUCGCUCUAUACAAGUGCUUCUGUUGAGUCUGGAAUAUCUUAAUGCAUGGGGAUGCACAUUGUUGGAGGUGGUGUCAUUUUCAGAAAGAGCGCUCACACAAGAGUUUCAGAAUAAUUAUCUUGUUACACAGAAUAUUUCAAUAUUCUAUAAUUGCUUGAAAUUGGGCCCAGAAGCACGGCACAAUAUAAUAACUGAAUUCCUGCGUCGAGUUUUGCACGUGGCUACACGGUUUCGAAGCCCAGAACAUCAGGGAAGGAAUCUUAAAGUUCGUACGUGUUAUCCUGGAAAUACAAUUCCAAAGUGGUUCGAUCUUCAAUCGAAGGGAUGUCGGAUUGAGAUCAUGCUUCGGGAUGACAACUUCUUGGGUUUUGUGCUCUGUGCUGUGGUCGACAGUACUGAUAUGUUGGAUUUAAGAUGUUAUUUAAAUCUAAAAACCAACCAGGGGGAAAACCACAAGUACACUAGAUGGGUAGACAAUCCCUCUCACUAUUGUUUUGGAUCAACGUCGGAUCAUGUGUUCAUGUGGUAUCAACAUGAAGACUAUAGUGAAUAUUAUUUUACUGCUGAUGAAGUGAGGGUAUCAUUUGACUUUUUAGUCAUCGGACACAUGAUGCCUCCAAAGUGUAGUGUGAAAAAGUGCGGGAUCCAUGUUCUCUAUCGCGAAGAUUUAGAGAAAUUCAAUUCGAAUUUUGUGAAUGGUGAAAAUGGCGAGAGAAAAUCUAGCUAACUCCUCUUAUUGGACUCAUGAGGCAAAAGCAAGUUGGAGCUGCGUUUGAUAGUCUUCCCAAUUUUUGAUCAAUUAGAACCAAAAAAAGGAUAAUAUAUUGGUGAAGAUUAAAAUUGCUUUCUUUUAAGUGCCAUGGCUUUUGUAACAGAAGAAGGCAGAAACAAAGCAGCUGCAACUCUCGAUGAGCCUGAACCAUCAAACCCGAUCCCGGCUCGGGUUAUUGGCCGAGACAAUUUGACACAACGGGUUGCUAGGUGCGUCCUAACUUACGUCUCGAAGAAUUUGAGAGGAUAAUUGUAAUGAUCAAGAAAAUCCUAAAAUUAAAUAAUGUAAUUUAAAUAUUUAAAUCAAAA